UCUAUGUCGCAUUUCAGAUUUAAAUCCGCCACGAUGUUCGCGAAGGUCAGUGUUGGUGUUAUCUUGAUGGCAGCAUGCGCUGCUGCCCUGCCAUGGGAUGGCAUCGUCAAGCGCAGAGCAAUCGUCGGUGGAGAAAACGCCGAGAAGGCUGAAUUCCCGUUCCAAGCUGCGAUUUGGGAAUAUUUCUUCGGCAUUCCCUUCUUUACCUGCGGUGGCUCCGUCCUGAAUGAGAACUACAUCUUGACCGCUGGUCACUGCUGUACGUCUGAUCCUACUUCCCUUAGCAUCUUGGUUGGGGCAAACCAACUGUAUUUCCCAGAAGAAACUAAACAAGAUGCCACCGUGGCACAGGUUAUCCAGCACGAAGACUACAACGGAAACACCGUUCUGAACGACAUCUGUCUCCUGAAGCUGAACGAAGCUCUCGUUUGGACCGACACGGUUCAGCCCGUCAUUCUUCCCGACAGCAGUCUCAACAUCACUGAAGGCGACCUCUUCGUUGUUUCGGGAUGGGGCGCAACCUCUGAGGGAGGCAUCCUGCUCCCAAAUGACCUCCAAAAGGUUACCGUCCCUUACGUUGCUGAUGAUGUUUGCGACGAAGCUUACGGAGGAAACGCCGUCGCUGAGAGCAUGGUUUGCGCUGGAGAUCUUGCGAAUGGCGGCAUUGAUUCUUGCCAGGGCGAUUCUGGUGGACCCAUGACGCUUGCUUCCGAUAAGCGCACCUUAGUUGGAAUCGUCUCCUGGGGACAAGGCUGUGCUCGUCCUGGAUAUCCCGGUGUUUACACCGAGGUCUCUUACUUCCUCGACUGGAUCGCAGCCAACGCCGUUUGAAGUUCUGGCAAAUCUGUUCAGUAUUCUUAGAAAUCGAAAAUAAAAAAUUGAAUGAGGGAAAA